GAGCUGGUCGACAACGUCGUGGAGGAGGUAGACGAGAUCGCGACUCUGGCCGCCAGGUGUCCGUCCUUACGGCGGCUAGACUUGCGAGAGAAUCCGGUCGCCUCGGAGCCCGGGUACGCGAAGGCGGUGAAAAAACACCUCGCGGAGUUGGUCUGGCACAACAACCAGUCCCACAAGAGGCACGUGGCAGUCGGCCGGGACAAGAUCGCAUAUGGCAGUUUGGACGCCGAGGUCGUUGCCGUUGAUGGCCUUUACAAGAACGAGGGCUGCUCGUGCCUGGAAGGCAACCCCUGCCUCGUUCCCGAGACCUGCGUCGACUGGGCCAACCGCGAGGCC